AUGGUGGCAUUUACGGAUUUCUUGGUUGGUGACCCACUCGAUAACUAUGAAGACUCCGCAAAGUACCAGGCAAAAUACUUGCCCAAACUUGAGCAGUAUAGAAAAAACUUGGCUGACGGGAUCUUGCCGGAGUACGCCGUGCAAUUGCCUGCCUCAGUGCAGGAAUUGACAGAGGGCCAAUUCAACUCGGUCAAGUAUUUGAAGGACAACAGGCUCUUAACUCCUGAGGAGUUUGAAAUCACCGAUUCAUCAGUGGUUCAGAUUACCUCCACUAUUGCUAGUGGUAAAUUGUCUUCUGUACAAGUCUUCAAGGCUUUUGCCAAGAGGGCCACAAUCGCACACCAAUUCACGAACUGUGCGUUGGAUCUUUUCCCAGACGAGGGCUUACAACGUGCGCAGUUCUUGGACGAGUACUACCAGAAAAACGGCAAAACCAUUGGGCCCUUACAUGGGUUGCCUGUGUCUCUCAAGGAGCAGAUGAACUACAAAGACAAGAUCACUCAUGGUGGAUACGUGUCCAUGAUUGACAACAUCCCCAAGAAACACUCUGUCACCACGCAAAUCUUGCAAGAUUUGGGAGCCGUGUUCUUUGUCAGAACCAACCAGCCACAGACUCUCAUGCAUUUGGAUGGAAACAACAAUUUCAUUGGCCACUCCAGGUGCCCUUUUAACUUGGCCUUGUCCUCGGGAGGCUCGUCGUCCGGUGAGGGUGCCAUUGUCGCUUUUGGAGGCACGCCUCUAGGAAUUGGCUCUGACAUUGGUGGAAGUAUUCGUGGGCCUGCCGCCUUUGGUGGAUGUGUUGGGCUCAGACCGACGACAAACAGAUUUUCAAAGGCUGGAGGCGUGUCUUCCGGAGCAGGCCAAGAAUCAGUGCCUGCCGUGGAGGGUCCCAUGGCCAGAUCUGUAGACGACAUUGAUUUUCUUAUGGACGUGUACAUCAACCAAGGAAAACCAUGGGUCGCAGACUGUACGACUCUUCCCUUGGCCUGGAGAAAAGCCGAAAAACCCAAGCCCGAAGACUUGACCAUCGCAAUCAUGUACGAUGAUGGCAUUGUCAAGCCCACGCCUCCAAUUGCCCGAGCUUUGAAAACCGUGGCACAGAAAUUGCAGGCGGCCGGUGCCAAGGUGGUGACAUUUGACCCAAUAGAGACCGAGUUGGCCCGCGAUACUGUGUGUGAGAUGUACUCAUGUGAUGGCAACUACAUGCAACGCAAGAUGUUGGCCGACUCGGGCGAGCCAUUGACGAAAUUGACCAAAUGGGCGUUGAACUAUGGGAAAGGCGCCAAGCAUUACAACGUUGCCGAAAACAGGAAACUCAAUGUCAUAAGAGAUCAGUUGAAGCAGAGGUACACCGACUAUUUGAAUGAAAACAAGAUUGACUUCAUCAUCUCCCCUGCCUACAGCAACGUGGCACCAAGGCCGGAGGAAAUCUACAACUGGUCUUACACCUCACUUUACAAUCUCAUUGAUUUGCCUACUUUGGUGGUGCAGACCGGGAUGUUCCAGGACACUGAUCUCGAUAAAUGGGACGAGUCGCAUGCCUCGUAUAAGCACAGAUCUGCCUUGGAACAGCUCGAGCUCGACAAUUACGAUCCCGAAAAUUUCAAAGGUGCCCCUAUUGGCUUGCAAGUAUCUGGCCGUAGAUAUUUUGAUGAGGACGUUGUUGCUUUUGGCAAGACCAUUGAGGAUGUGUUGGAGGUGAACUUGUUUGAUUUGUACAAGUAG